CAAAUGGGGGUAAAACGUUUACUGCGAACCCCCCAAAACAAGUGUCGGGGUUUUCUACCAGCCAUGUACAAUCAACUGGACUAUAUUUUGUUUACAAUUUGGCGGCGUCUAGUCAUAAAUCCCGCGUAGGAUGUUGGUUUCAGGUGUUUUGUAAUACAAGGUAUCAUGUUUGUACCUUUCUUUACAAUAGUGGUGAAAUCCACGGAAUGUUCCACAUAGGAACAGCUGACGACAAUGCCGCACCGAAAAUAUGAACGAGAUAUGAAGGAUUACAAGAAGUAUCAUUAAAUCAAAUGCUUUCUAAUUAACAAUCAGGGUAAAGACAGAGGUUAGAGGGCACGUGCCUCCAGCACCCCUCUUCCAGCGUGUGACUCGUCGGUCCCCACGACGUCACCAAUGCGACCAUGGGAAAUAGCAGUGACUAGGCGGCCACCGACAGCCCCCUUGAACCAGAGGAGGUUCCUAGGAGAGCCCUGCAACACCCCAGUGCACCUCAGGAGAAGCCCGCCGGUGAGACGACAGUGGGGGAGUCGAGACCGACCGGUCGUUCUGCACGACUCCUCGCUCCAGGAUGAGAACUUCCACCACCCUCUCUUCUCCCAGCAACACCAGCGGGUUCUGUUAGAUGAGGCCAGACAGUACAGCCACGCCAGUGCCCCGCCACGCAUGCUCCACCCUGCCGCACACCCACCUCGGCAUCAACAGACCCCCAUCAUGGUGGAGCUACACGACCAGGGAUCCGUUCCCGUCUCUUACACUGUUACCACGGUGACGACGCACGGUUUCCCCAUCCACACCGGGCAACCUCUCCCAGGGUGCAACAGUCAGCAGCUCCCAGCAUGCUCGGUAAUGUUCAGCGGACAGCUCUCUCUGCUCUGCUGCCUUCCUCCUCCUCUCAUCCAAGCCUGUACAAUGCAGCAUUUGCCAGUGUCUUACCAAGCUUUCCCACCCCUGAUCUCCAGCGAACAUUUUAUAUUGCACCCCAACCCCCCGGGGCCACCACCCCACCAGCCUCCUCACCUUACUCCUCUCAGCCAGUUCCUCCCUCUCCAGAGGCAGCACCCACGCAUGCCUCUCCAGAGGGUAGAGAAUGAAGUGGACCUCAGGGGGGACCAGCAUCCAUUAGGAACGUUCUCUUACGCUGCCUCGAGCCUCCACCACCCACCAGCGCUGCCUCCCUCUGUCCCCCUCCAGUACCUCCCUCAGGAGCCUCUGCACCAAGAGAUGCCCUCCUUCUCAGUGCCAUACCCCCACAUGCUGCCGCGACGUGUCAGUGGUCACAGGUACCGGUUACAGCAGCCCCUGCCCCCACCGCCGCCGCCACCACCCUACUACCCAGGCUUCCUGCCCUACUUCCUGUCGAUGCUUCCUGUGCCUCCCACAGCAGUGGGACCAGCCAUCAGUCUGGACCUGGAUGUAGAUGACGUGGAGAUGGAGAACUAUGAGGCAUUACUGAACCUGGCUGAAAGGCUGGGAGAGGCUAAACCACGAGGAAUCACCAAGGCAGACAUCGAACAGCUUCCAUCCUACAGGUUCAACCUCGACAACCAUCAAUCUGAACAAACGCUGUGUGUGGUGUGCUUUAGUGACUUCGAGUGUCGGCAGCUGCUGAGGGUAUUACCCUGCAACCACGAGUUCCACGCCAAGUGUGUCGACAAAUGGUUAAAGACCAAUCGCACUUGUCCAAUCUGCCGGGCGAGCGCGUCAGAGGUGCACCGCGAGGUGGAGUGACUGAUACCCAGGCUUUUGGAUCUUUGAUUGGAAAGCAGCACAAAACUAAACCCACAGAGUCUGUCUGUCUUAGCGCCUGCCUCAGCCUGCCUGGGGACGUCUGCCACCUACCCUGCCUGCGUUCCCCACCCCCCACAACUACUCCUGUCCCACCUCAACAACAAUAAGCAAUCUAAGAUUGCAUGUUUGAGGCCCUUCCCUCAGUCGUACCUCUGUUGUGCUUCUACUGCUGCAUCUGAUGAAAAAGCUACUGCCUGCUACCAACCCAUAGCCACAGAGUUGUCCUGUCAGUCAGUCUGUCUGGGACAGCUAUUGAUCCACCACCUCGAUCUGCUCCUCUGCCUGGGACAGCCAUUGAUCCACCACCUCGAUCUGCUCCUCUGCCUGGGACAGCUAUUGAUCCACCACCUCGAUCUGCUCCUCUGCCUGGGACAGCUAUUGAUCCACCACCUCGAUCUGCUCCUCUGCCUGGGACAGCUAUUGAUCCACCACCUCGAUCUGCUCCUCUGCCUGGGACAGCUAUUGAUCCACCACCUCGAUCUGCUCCUCUGCCUGGGCCAGUGUUGCAGAUUCCAAAGAUGUGACCUACCAUAUGUUGUUAUCGUCGUAGGGCUUUUACGUUUACAAGUUGUUGUUGUUUUGUUGUGGUUUUGGUUAGUUUUUUGUGACAGAGGGGUGUUGGAGUUUCCUGCAUUGGAGAUGGU